UCUCCUCCACUCCCCAUCCUGCAACGUAACCCGAACCGACUAGACAUUUCAGCACCUCGGGUAGGACGGUAGACGCGCAACGCUGAGCUGGUCGCUGAUUGCUCGAGCGCUCGGCGUUUGGCUUUACCAUUGGCUAUCAUCCGGGGUUAAUUUGAAGCAGUAUGCGAAUCGUCUGGAUGUACAGAUGGAGACUGGAGAGCGCCUAAGCCAUUGUCAGUACAGCUGGACUGCAGAGGUGAAGUGGGCGUGCCACGCAGCAUUCAGGAUCCUCAACCUUCAUUGGAAUGGCAAAAUAAAUAAUAACACAAUUCUGUUCUUAUGAAGUUAGUCCGUUUAUUCAUCAGCAACAUUUAAGGUUUUUGACUGUUUCAACGCUUUCCAAUGAAUUGCACAAGGGUCCUACACAUGUUGGACACCAGGCCGAUGCCAGGUCCUAUCAUGCCAGUAGAUGUAGCCAUGAGGAUCUGCCUGGCAAGCUCUCCGCCCCUCCGCAGCUUCUUCAGCACGUACGAGGACUGCCGAUCGCGAAACCUGGCCAACUGCUACAAACCACUGAGGCCGUGCAUCAGCUCCAAGCAGGAGGCAGAGGCCUCCAGCCUGGGAUGGAAGAGUCCCAAGGCCAGCGGGAAGAAGCGGGUGGUCUUUGCCGAUUCAAAAGGCAUGUCCCUAACGGCCAUCCAUGUCUUCAAGGAGUUUGAGGAGGACCCACUGUCUGACCUGCAAUUUGACCUGUCUGACCUGGCCAAUGCCACCACCGGCCUGAAGGUCUCCAUAGAGAAAAGUUUCACUCUGGACUUCCCUCAGCCUGCUGCAGAUUAUCUUGACUUCAGGAACCGGCUUAAGAAGAACCAAGUGUGUCUGGAGAACUGCACGCUCCAGGAACGGUCACUCACUGGCACUGUGAAAGUGAGGAAUGUAAGCUUUGAGAAACUGGUUUCCAUACGGAUAACGUUUGACUCAUGGGAAACACACACGGACGUUGCAUGUACGUACCUGAACAAUGUGUACGGUUGUUUGGACACGGACACCUUCGCUUUCACCGUCGACCUGCCAAGUUCUGUGCCCUCGCAGGAGCGUGUAGAGUUCUGCAUAUGCUUCACUACCCAGGAUCAGACGUACUGGGACAACAACGAUGAGAAGAACUACAAGUUGCUCCACAACGACACAGACGCUGACCAGACCAGCAAUCCCAUCAUCCAGACCACCGCACCAGUUGAGUUCAAGAGAGACGGCAAGACGCCGGAGAUGGAGUUUGACCAGUUCGGGAGCCCGAGAACGUCCAGUGGAUUCUUCCCUGAAUGGCAGAGCCGGGGACGCAUAGAGACCACGGCCCCAUACUGGUGAAGCAACAACAGGGCCUUUAUGAGAAAUCCACAAGAUGCUCUCAUAACAUCAACUCCAUUUGAGCGAUAGCAGAACAUUUAACUGUGUGUUCAUAUGAGAGUGCCGGCUGACCCCCCCUCAACAAUGAAGAUAUAACCACAAUCUGAACCGUUAAGAUGACUCGAGCAUCAACAGUUGCGGUCAUUGUGGGGCCCUAAGAAUGGACAUCUUUGUUUUUGUCACUGCAGUGGAAAGGUUCAGAAUGUGCUGUCUCUUCAUGUUUUGUGGGUAUAUGUGAAGAAACAGAAAUCUAUAAACAACCAUUUGAUCCUGUUGUUGUCAUCCAGUUAACCCCCUAAUCAUUGUGUACCUGUACACAACAUAAAGCAUUGUGGUAAUAUGCCAUCAUAGCCACACAAAUAUUAUGAUUUAAAUUGCCUAGAAUUAAUUGCAAAGGGCAUUAAAGGCUCAGAUAUAAUAGUGUACUCAAUUUAUGCAGUGAACUAAAGCAUUUUAUAGAUUUGGAAAUGUGUUAAAUUAUGAUUUGUCGUAACAUAGAUGCCUUCCUCUGUGAUGUUACUUUGAUUGUCCGAUAAGCAGUUUGUAAUACAAGGGCGUUACUUCACCACCUGUAUACACAGUGAGUAAAGCUGUUUUCAAAAACAGAAAGACCACUCCAAAUUUGGGAGCCUGCACUUUAAUUCAUAUUUUUAGCAUUUAGGUUUAGCAUUUUGUACAUGGAGUGCUGUUUUGGUGAGUUUACAGUAUAUCAACAUAAUUAGCUUUACUUGCCCUAUAAUAGCUGAAACUAUUCCUUGGUGUUAGAUGUACGGCAAGCCACCAGAAUAUCAGUACAAUGUAAGUAAGUCACGCGAAUGUUGCCAGACAUUGUUGCCAGAGCACACAACUUUGCACUGACCGGAUUAUGGUAUGCCUUUAACAUGUGAAAGAAUAAGAAGUUGAAAGUGGAAUCAUUUGGUACAACAUAAAGUACUUCAUAUUGAAGUUGUCUAAAAUGCCAUGGUACCAUUUGAUUGAAGACUUUCAGGUGAAAAAAAUGAAAAGCAAUACAGGUAAAUAUGCAUGACGAUACCCCAGCAUAUUAUCAAUUAGUUGUAGGCCUAAAUGGAGCACCUCCCUUUUUUCACUUAGCAUUUUUCCUACCUCCAUGGUAUUUGUGAAAAUCCUUCACAUGCAAACACAUUCAAUGUGCUCUUCCUAACCUGCUCUUCAAACUGUUUGCUGCUACUGUAAGAAUGUGCUGUUCUAUCUUCAAUGUGUUUCGUGGACCCAUGCUAUGUGAAUUGUCUCCUAUGGGUAAAACAAGGGGGAAGAGAGUGAGGGCAGUGGGGAUGUUAUUUAAGGAAUGUAUGAGUAAGUAAGGGAAGUGCUUAAAAGGGAAAUGAAUGGAAAAUAGGUCAGUGUUCGAGGGCUGUGCUUGGGACUGAGGCUUCAGUGUUUACCAGACAUUGGUGAACACUGUUUGCUACUUUGUUUCUGAAAUGGAAAUACGGCCGAAUGUAAAGGGCUAUGACACAAGCCGCGGUGUCUAACCACCAGCAUGGUUUUUUCUACUGCAAGCAAAGGUCUCUGUGUGUGAGAAAUGGUUUACUGUUUUCUGUGUUCCUUUCAGAAAUAAAGAAAAAUCUAAUGUUUAAAGGGUGAAAGACUCCUGACUUUUCAAUCUGGAUUUUAUGUAUGAGAUGAUUAUGUUGUCUAAGCAGUAUUAUCCAGCUGGGAUCACUGUAUGUGCAAAAUACCAUUGUCUAAAGCUCAAGUACAACAUUCUUGAUGACAUUUUGUGACUAAACAGGGUGCACAAAUUAUAAAAGUGGUGUGACUCUUAUUACAAAAGUAUAUUUAUACAGGGGUGACCCGUUCAAACAAUCAAGCA